AUGCUCAGUCAGAGGUUUGUAACGCGGGCUUUGGCCAGACGUGCUUUUGGUAAGACAUGCUUGAAAUUAGGAAGUGCAAGUGCAAGUGCAAGUAACGCUGCUUCUGCUGCUGCCGGUGAGGCUAGUAGCAGGCCACAGCCUGCUCCUAGCUUUAACGCUGAUAUAGCUGGUGGUUCUUCUGGCGGUGCCAGAAGAAACCAGAUCCCAUUGUCGAAGAGAUCGAGAAUCGCAGACAAGAAUACUGGUGUCAACAUUCAAAACCAGAUGGAUGAUUCGUUCAUUGGAAUGACCGGUGGUGAGAUCUUCCACGAGAUGAUGCAACGUCACAACGUCGACACCGUUUUUGGAUACCCUGGUGGUGCGAUUUUGCCCGUGUACGACGCAAUCUACAACUCAGAUAAAUUCACUUUUGUUCUACCAAAACAUGAACAAGGUGCAGGUCACAUGGCAGAGGGAUACGCAAGAGCCUCAGGGAAACCAGGUGUUGUUUUGGUGACUUCAGGUCCAGGUGCGACUAAUGUGGUGACUCCUAUGGCAGAUGCAUUGGCAGACGGUGUGCCGUUGGUGGUGUUUACAGGUCAAGUGGCCACGUCAGCUAUCGGAACAGAUGCUUUCCAAGAAGCAGAUGUGGUUGGUAUCUCUAGAUCUUGUACCAAAUGGAACGUGAUGGUGAAAACCAUUGAGGAACUGCCUCGUAGAAUCAACGAAGCGUUUGAAAUCGCAACUUCCGGUAGACCGGGCCCCGUUUUGGUGGAUUUACCAAAGGACGUGACGGCGGCGGUGCUAAGAAACCCAAUUCCAAUGAAGUCUAUUCUACCAUCUGAUACUCUAAAUCAGUUGACUCAAAGAGUCGUCGAUGAGUUCACUUUGGAAAACAUUAGCAGGGCUGCUGACUUGAUCAACAGGGCUAAGAAGCCUUUGCUAUACGUGGGUGCUGGUAUUCUAGGCAGCGAAAUGGGUCCUCAAUACUUGAAGCAACUAAGUGACAGAGCUCAGAUCCCAGUCACCACGACUCUACAAGGUCUUGGUGCGUUCAACCAAGAAGAUCAUAAAUCUUUGGAUAUGGUCGGUAUGCACGGUAAUGCUGCAGCCAACUUGGCCAUCCAAAACGCCGAUUUGAUCAUUGCAUUGGGUGCCAGAUUUGACGAUCGUGUCACUCUGAAUAUUUCCAAAUUUGCUCCAGAGGCUAGAAAGGCUGCUCUAGAGAAACGUGGUGGUAUCGUUCAUUUCGAAAUCUCCCCAAAGAAUAUCAACAAGGUUGUCGAAGCCGAGGUCGCUGUCGAAGGUGAUGUGACUCGUAACUUGGAAAAAUUGUUGCCAUUGGUCGAAUCUGUUCCUGAAAGACCAGAAUGGUCCGCUCAAGUGGCUAAAUGGAAACAAGAAUACCCAUACGCGUACCAAAAGGAGACUCCAGGUUCUAAGAUUAAACCUCAAACCGUUAUCUCCAAGUUGUCCGAUUUGGUCUUGAAAUCCGGUAGACCAGCCAUCGUCACCACUGGUGUCGGUCAACAUCAAAUGUGGGCUGCUCAACACUGGACUUGGAAAAGUCCAAGAUCUUUCAUCACUUCCGGUGGUCUUGGUACCAUGGGUUACGGUCUACCAGCUGCUAUCGGUGCUCAAGUCGCCAGACCUGACGCUAUCGUCAUCGAUAUCGACGGUGAUGCCUCUUUCAACAUGACUCUGAUGGAAUUGUCCUCCGCUGUUCAAGCUCGUACACCAGUCAAGGUCUUGUUGCUAAAUAACGAGGAACAAGGUAUGGUUACCCAAUGGCAAUCUCUCUUCUACGAACACCGUUACUCGCAUACCCAUCAACUGAAUCCAGAUUUCGUUAAAUUGGCCGAAGCUAUGGGUCUGAAGGCUCUCAGACUCUCGAAACAAGAGGACACUGACGCCAUCUUGAAAGAAUUCGUUGACUACGAGGGCCCAAUCUUAUUGGAAGUGCAAAUCGAAAAGAAGGUUCCUGUCUUGCCAAUGGUCCCAACCGGUAAGGGUCUACACGAAUUCAUCAACUUUGAUCCAGAAGUAGAAAAGGAACAAAACGAACUACGUCACAAACGUACUAGUGGUAAAUAUUGA